AUGAAGGUCUUUGUCGUUCUCGCCGUAAUCCUGGCCGUGUCCAGUGCCGCCCCGCAGUUUGGUAGUGGCAAUGCCAACGCAAAUGCCAACGCCAAUGCCAAUGCCAAUGGCCAGAAUGAGGGUGGAUUCAGUGGACCAGGAUUCGGUGGACCAGGAUUCGGUGGAUCAGGAGGAUUCGGCGGUGGUUUCCAGAAGGAAGGAGGUCCAGGUGGAUUCGGAGGACCAGGUGGACCUGGAGGAUUCGGACCAGGUGGACCUGGAGGAUUCGAAGGACAGGGUGGAAAUGGAGGAUUCGGAGGACAGCGUGGACCUGGAGGAUUCGGAGGAUUCGGAGGACAGGGUGGACCUGGAGGAUUCGGAGAACAGGGUGGAUUCGGUGGUAACUCCAACGCCGACGCUAAUGCCGUUGCUAAUGCUGAAGGCAACGGAUUUGGCGGUGGUAAUGCCAAUGCCAAUGCCAACGCCAAUGCCAACUCCCGAGGUGGCGGCAAUUCUAACGCCAGUGCCAGUGCCACUGCUAACUCCAGCUCCUUUGGCAAAUAA